GGUUCAGCGCGCCGUUCGAAAUUAUGAUCCAUGCUCAAAAACAGACACUAUAAUAGUUUUCUUAUUCUGAUUCAAUUUCGUACUUUGAUUUAAAGGAUAUUGCAGUAUCUCAACAAAACUUUAAUAGUGGAAAUCCUCGGAAAUUACGUCAUGCGAGGACUGCGAAAGCAUGGUUUAGAUAUGUUAUUUUGUUGAAGGUUAACUACUCUGUACGUUUUACUUUCAGUUUAAUGCAAAUAAUAUUGUAAAAGCAAACAAAAUGUGACGGCAACGGAACCGGAAUCAAAGAACGUAUUAUUCUUUACCGGAAUUUCCUCAUUUAACAGGGAUGUAUUCUAUCAGAUCGUUGCCGCGAAUUUUUCUCCGAAUACCGUGUUACGCUGCUUUUCAGUUGCUGGUAAAAGAGAAAGCCGUGUCAUUUGCUCGAACGAUUUGCUUGAAUCUGAUCGGAAAAUGACUGAAAAUUUUGAAAAUUUCUCUGGUAGCAGUAUUCAUGCUGCGCAUGUCAAAGAUGUACAUAAUGUACCGUUUCAUGAACUGAUUCGGCCGUUUCCCUCGGAACUUGAAGAGGAAAAAGUUAUUAGCUUAAUGGAAACAUUAAAGGAUCCAGAAAGAAAGAACACUGUACCACCAGUAGAUGUCCUUUGGGUGAAAGGAAGAGAAGGUGGAAAUUAUUUUUAUUCAUUUGGAGGUUGUCACCGAUAUGAAGCACAUAAGAGACUUGGACUUCCAACUAUUCGCAGUAAACUUAUAAAAUCCACCAUAGAUGAUUUAAGAACUUAUCUUGGUGGUUCAACACCAGAUUUAAAAUAAAGAUUCUGUACAUUCAACACUCCAGGUUAGUUCUGGAUCAACCGGAUACAAAUGAUGUCCAAGCUGAAAAUAGGAGAAAAUUGUGAAAUAUAAAUCAGAACAAACAAUAUUUACUUCUAUUUUUGAAAUUUAUGCUACUUCAUUUAAUUAAUUCAUUCAGAUUAAACAGUUUCUUAAAAAUAGAUUUAAAAAGAUAUAUGAAGAAUUUUGCUGAUUAUCGUGAAUUUAUUAUACAUUAAAUAUCUUAAUGUGAAAAUUCAUGGUGGCUAAAAUAUACAAAGGUUGCUAUUUAUAUUUCUGGCUGCAACAAUAAGUGUCGCUAUGCAGCCACAGACUAUUCCAUUCGAAAGUUUGAUAUUUUUAACAAUAAUUUCUUCAAAAUGUUUUGCCAAUUUAGCAUAAUUUGUGUUGUUUACAAUAAACUCAAAAAUUCACCGCAAGGAAAAAAAUGGAAUUGAUUCGUGAACACUUUUGUGCAAUUAUUUUCUACAACUUUUGACAUGUGUUAUCAAGACAAGAGUGCUUCACUGAAUUUAAUUCUUUAUACAGCAAUAAAGCACCAUCCUACACCCUGUAAAAACUAGUAUAACGAGUUCAGUCAUGGUCAACGUUUGCAUCAAGACGAAUUUCAUGAAGAUCGCCCAAAAAAUCAGUUGUUGUGCCAGAAAAUAUUGAUGCUGGCACGAACUGACAAAGAUUGUCAUGUGACAUACUGUGAGAUUGAGGCAUCUUUGGACAUUAGUGUGACAAGAAUCAAUAAGCUAUUACAUGAACAUUUGGCCGUAAAAAAAGAUUUGUUCGCGUUGGAUCCCAUAUAAUCUGACAAACACUCGAAACAAGGUUCGUGUCAAUUGGUGCUAGGAAAGGUUGAAAAAAUAUGUUCAAGGUGCAUCAAAGGCUGUGUAUAACAUCACACAGAUGACGAAUUGUGAAUAUAUGCAUAUGAUCCCAAAACAAAACGGCAGUCAACUGUAUGGGUCUUCUAAGACAAGCCAAAGUUGUUUGCGGAAGAAGCUCAUUGAAACAAAUGGCUGCCUGUUUCUUCAGCGUUACUGGUCAAGUGGCGGUACAGCAACACUGGAUAGUUAAUUCAAAUGGUACAUGACCAUUUGUUUGCCAUUUGAUCUGAGAAAUUUGAAAAAAUCAGAAGAGGUGAAUCAUUCUUCAUCAUAACAAUGCAAGCUCUCGCACAUCGGCUCAAACAAAGAAAUUUUUGAUGGGCUAAAACAUCAAAUUGAUGGGUCGUCCAUCAUACAGCCCUGAUCUGGCACCCAAUGGCUUUUUAAUUCCCGUACAUCAAAAAUAAAUUACGUGAUCAGCGAUUUGUGACACCUCAGGAAGCAGUUGAUGCAUUCAAAACGCAUGUUUUGGAGUGGAAGAAGUGCUUCGAAAAUUGGAUCUAAACGUAUGCAAAAGUGUAUUGAUCUUCAGGUAGAAUGUUUUGAAAAGUAAUAAAACCAAUUUCAAUCAUAAA